UAUUCGCAGUAAAGGUAUUCAAACUGGAACUUGAAGGUGCAUUCAAGAGCUUUGAUGCAGAAUGUGAGAUCUUACGCAACCUUCGCCAUCAGAACCUGACAAAAGUCACAACUUCUUGUUCCACCCCUAACUUCAAGGCCUUAAUAUUGGAGUACAUGCCAAAUGGCACCCUUGACAAAUGGUUACACUCUCAUGACUUAUUCUUAGACAUGUUGCAGAGGUUGGACAUAAUGAUCGAUGUAGCAUCUGCUUUAGACUAUCUCCAUAACGGUUAUUCAGAGCCAGUGGUGCAUUGUGAUUUGAAGCCUAGCAACAUUUUGCUAGAUGAAAACAUGGUUGGCCAUUUAAGUGAUUUUGGGAUUGCAAAACUGUUAGGUGCAGAAGAUAGUUUUAGACAAACUAAGACUAUUGGAACCAUUGGAUACAUCGCGCCAGAGUAUGGACAAGAUGGACUUGUAUCAACAAGUUGCGACGUGUACAGCUUUGGCAUUGUGAUGAUGGAAGCAUUCACAAGGAGGAAGCCUAGUGAUGAAAUGUUUACUGGGGAUUUGACCCUAAACAUUGGGUAAACGACUCACUUCCUACCGGAGUUGCACAAAUUGUUGAUGCAGAUUU